UUUUAUCAUUUAUAAUAACAAACUUAAGUGAGGGUAUAUGGUUUCUUUUUCUCUCUCUCUUGAAUUUGUUUUUGUUCUUGGUCUGUGUCAAAUAUCAAUGACUUGAAGCACUUUUCUCUUUUAAGAAGCAUAGAGAGGUUGAGCAUGACAUGUUGCACUGCAUUGAAGUAUUGUCUAAGUGAUUAUAAUGAACAAUAUGUUGUCCAUAUUUUGACCAACAACGAUGAUAGUUGUUAUGAUAAUAUGGGGAGAGAUACAAUGGUUCGAUGCAGGACAACCUUGCAUCCCAGUAUUAGAAAAAUGGUCUUUAUGUUAUCUACUUUUCGUAUGCUAUUUAAUUAUCACUUUCAAUAGUAUUUAGUAUUUACUAUUUGUUGACGGGUUUUGUUGUUCGGGUCCGGAUCCGUACCCGAUCCGGUUUGUCCUAAUUAGGACUACUUAUACCUCUGUAAACCCUAAUCUUUGUGUUAAUGAAGUGUUGAAGAGAGAGAGUGUCUGGAGGCUAGUGGGCACCAGACCUCCUCACCCGUGGUUUUUCUUCCCUCGAGUUGAGGGUUUUCCACGUUACAUCUGUGUGCUUUCUUCUACUCUCGUGCACAUUUUGUUUCUACAUGGUAUCAGAGCCGUCGGACUUGGAGAAAACAAAAUCUGUUUUUUUUUCUAUGGUUGUGAAGUUCCAACCCUGACUGCCGCCGCCGCUACCACCGUCGCCGUCGCUACCACCACUGCCGCCGCUGCCCUUGCUGCGCCGCCGCUGUCGCCGCACCGUGACCGUGACCACCGCCGCUGUCGCCGCACCGUGGCCGCGUGACUGCCUCCGUCGCUGCCCCGCCGUGGCUGUGACCACCGUGGCUGUGACCGCUGCUGCGUCGCUGGUGUCGUGACUGCCGACGCCAACGUCUCUACUGACGCCUCUGUCGACGCCGACGUCCGACCACCGACGCCGACGUCCGACGCUGUCGCCUCUUCUCGGUGCGCGCUGCCAAGCGCCGCCCUCUGCUUCCGCCGCGUCCUGUUGCUUCCGCUGCUCCCGCCGCUUCCGCCGUUGAUCCCCGACUGCGUCAUCUCACCUCUUCUCUAGGUUACUGCUGCUGUGUGUGUUCUUUGGCAGCCACUUCUACCUGGUGAUCAUGGCUGACUCGUCUUCUUCUUCAGUCAACACUACUCUACCUGAUGUUGUGUCUGCGCGGACUGAUCAUGUACCGGUUCAGGUUACCACCAUUCAACUUACCAAGGAGAACUAUUCCCGAUGGUCUGCUGCGAUUACCAUGGGGAUUGCUGGGCGAGGACGCAAUGCCUAUGUGAAUGGGAGAAAGGUUGAACCUGCUGCAGAUAGUCUGGCUUGGGAUACAUGGUUUCUUGAAGACAACCAGGUCAAAACCUGGAUUGUCAAUUCAGUGUCCCCGGAUAUCCAACCUCUCAUUCUUCGUAAGAAGACUGCAAGGGAUAUGUGGAUUAUUUUGGAGUAGAUGUAUGGCCAAAAGAAAAGGAAAGUUCGUGUGUAUCAACUUAUGAAGGAUGUGUAUUCCGUGCGACAAGGUGCUCUCUCGGUUGCAGACUUUUAUGCAGCAUUAAAAUCUAAGUGGGAGGACCUUGACUAUCACUCUGAUAUUCCAUGGAGGUGUCCUCACGACCAGAUGCAGUACAUGACUGAUAAAUGGGAAAACAGGGUAUUCCUUUUCUUAUCCGGACUGAAUGAUGACUUUGAAAAUAUAAGGAGUCAGAUUCUUAACUCUGACGAAUCAUUUAGUAUUGAAGAUGUCUAUUCCCGUGUUGAAGCUGAAGAACAGAGAAGGCUGCUCUCUAGUGGACGAAAGGGGGAAGAACAGUCUGCCUAUGUUAGUCGUGCCCCUGUGGGAACUCCUCGUUCUUCCCGAAAAUGUACACAUUGCAAAAAACUUGGUCAUACUAGGGAUUUUUGUUGGGACCUGUAUCCAGAGAAGAAGGAUAGUAGGGGGAGGUCUUCGAGUGGGAAGAAGCCUGUAUCGUCUGCAACAAGUCUGAGUGAUGGGAAAGGUUCUAUUUCUGCAGAGCAGAUUCGUGAGCUACGAGCAUAUUUGAGCAAGAUUGAUGUUGGUCAGGCAGAUACACCAGAUGAGGUGAAGAUCAAUCAGGCAUUGGCUGUUUCAGGGGGAGAAGGACUUGGUGACAGGGAAGAGGAUUGGGAUUGGUUUGGUGUCUGAUGGGCUGUAUCGGCUUCCUAUACGUGUUGUCACAGCUCUUAUGUCAGCAGUCAGCAGAACAGAGAAGAAGGAGGAAGAGUGUCGUCAGUUAUUUUUGUUUUGGCAUGAACGCCUUGGUCAUCUCCCAUUUGGGAUUUUGAAACAUUUGUUCCCUGAACUAUGUUCUAGUUUAAACAUUUCCAUGUUAUCAUGUGAUGUGUGUCAGUUUGCGAAGCAUGUUAGAGCUUCUUAUCCAAUUUCAAAUAGUCGUUCUAAUAAAGCUUUCUCCUUGGUUCAUUCUGAUGUGUGGGGGCCUUCGGGCAUUCAUUCUCGUGGUGGUUUUCAAUACUUUAUAACUUUUAUAGAUGAUUAUUCAAGGUGUACCUUUGUGUAUUUGUUGAAAGAUCGUAGUGAGGUGCCUCACAUUAUUGAAACUUUCAUCCUCCUAGUGGAGAACCAGUAUGGAA